AUGCACACUCAUACGUUCAGCUCGUCUGGCACCACUGCGUACAACGAGAACAUUGGUGCCAUCCAGAUCACGCGCGUGGGGUCGAGGUUUGUCGUCCAGCUGGGCGCUGUCUGCAUGAUCGUCAUGGGACUCAUCGGCAAGUUUGGCGGGCUGUUUGCCUCCCUGCCUUCCCCGCUGAUCUCGGGGCUUUUCUGCAUCAUGUUUGGGCUCAUCGCCGCCGUUGGCCUGGGAAUGUUGGUGCACACAGACCAGCGCUGCGACCGCAACAUCUUCAUUGUGGGCUUUGGCAUCUACAUGUCCCUCAGCGUGGCCCAGUAUUUCACAGAGUACGCAGCCAAGAAUGGGGGAGGGCCCAUCUACAGCGGCAACGCCAUCGUCGACAACGUGCUCAAGCAGCUGCCCGGCGCCGCCGGCGCCCCGGCCGGCCGCUGGGAGUGGUGGGAGGACGACCACAUGAACGCCGUGUACGGCCUCCCAUUCAACCUCACGCGCCGCUGGGAGGCGCGCGUAGGCGGCCCCCUCCACGCGCGCACGGCGCGCGCGCUCGCGCCCGCGUCGGGCGCGCUGGACGGCGUUUGGAGGGCGUGCGUGGCGAUGUUCACGUGCGGCGGCCACUGCGGGCCGCAGCCGGAGCCGGCGGCGGUAAAGGCGCACGCGGACGCGGACGUGAGCGUGCACUCGAAGCCCGAGGUGGCCCCUGCCAUCGCGAGCGUCUGA